CCAACUUCAGAGCGACUGCUUGCUCAUACGAGAGAGGCAGCCUGGCAAGGUUCCGGAUCGUCAUGGCCGCAAGGCAAAGGAUAGCAAGACAGCUCGAUGGCAUCGCUCGUCGACAUGGCCACACGCAAGCAGCAUCGACAUCGCAACGCCAUGACCCACUCGAUGCGUGGAAUUGCCUCACGCAUCGCAACUCGUCAUCGGGGACCUCGAAUAGCAACGCAGUCGCAUCAUCUAGCAAGCAACCCCUCGCAGACUGGCCAGUAACAAUCAAAGACAACUUCUGCACCUCGGACGUGCCCACGACGUGUGCAAGUAAGAUGCUCGCAGACUAUCGACCCACUUUCGAUGCCGCCGUCGUAGCGCGAUUGAAGGCAGCAGGAGCCUGUAUCGUGGGAAAGACGAAUCUUGACGAGUUCGCAAUGGGCUCAAGCAAUGUGCAUUCUUACUUUGGCCCUGUGAAGAAUCCAGCCAAGCAGAACAGCAACGACGAAGCAAGAGCGGCUGGAGGUAGCUCAGGAGGCGCAGCUGCUAGCGUGCGAGCCGGGCUUUGUAGAGUCGCCAUUGGCUCAGAUACUGGCGGAUCGAUCCGUCUUCCAGCUUCACAUUGCGGCGUCUGGGGCUUCAAGCCCUCUUACGGUCUCAUCAGCCGCUGGGGCCUCGUCUCCUACGCCGACAGCCUCGACACCGUAGGGAUUGCGGCCUCGUCAUGGCAAGACGCACGUCGAACAUUCCAGCUCCUCUCGGGCCACGACCGCAGAGAUCCUACAUCUAUGCAUCCCCGCACUCGCCAGAAGGCCGCCCGAGAAUCUCAGAAGCAGGUCGACCGAAUACAGCAAAGCGCUCGCUCACGGCCCGACGCCCUUCACGGGCUCCGAGUCGGCAUCCCUCAUGAAUGCUUCCCUGCUGAGCUGCAUUCGCAGGUCCUCCCACCAUUCGAGCGACUGGUCGACUUUCUCACCUCCAAGGGCGCAACGGUCAUCCCCUGCAGCCUGCCCAACAUCUCGCUCGCCCUCAGUGCCUACUACGUGAUCGCUACUGCGGAAGCUAGCAGUAACCUUGCGCGAUACGACGGCGUACGGUAUGGAUUUCAAGCGGGCGCCAAGGAUGACGGCAGAGAACCUGCUAAGACAGCUGCGGAGGUCUAUGCUCGCACACGAUCACAAGGCUUCGGCCGCGAGGUGCAGAAGCGUCUUCUCCUCGGCGCUCACGCUCUAUCAGCGGACGCGUUCGACAAUACUUUCCUGCGAUCACAAGAGAUCCGCAAAGUCGUACAGCGGGACUUCGACGCAGUCUUCCGUGCGCCAAAUGUGCUGCGACGCAGUCAGGCGGACGAGCGAGAAGAAGGUGUUGACGUGCUCGUACACCCCUGCUCAGUCAGCUCGGCGCCUCGUCUGGAUGCGACAAAGGCUUCGUCUUCGCCCAUGAGCGAGUAUGUGCAAGACCUACUGACCGUGCCCAGCUCUCUGGCGGGCUUGCCGUCAGUGAGCAUGCCUACGGGCGUGGCGGAGGACGAUGGCUGGCCGGUGGGUACGAUGUUGACGGCGCAGUGGGGUAUGGAGAAUGUGCUCGACAUCGUCGCGAGCGUGGUGGAUCAAGAGUACGAGCCGAAGGAUGGGCUGAGAUGAGCAAAUAGGCGGCGGCGUAGAGCCACUCAAUGUACGGUCCAUUGCGUGAGAGG